CCAACAAGAAUUUUUUUAGUGUAUAUAUAUAUGAAAAAUAAUUUUCUUCCUCCGAAAAAAUAUUUUGAACCCCAAAAAAUAUUUUCGCCCUCCGAAGACGACUUUCCUGGAUCCGCCCCCGAACCUCGAUCGGACCGCAGGAAUUUUUGAGAAGCAAGUAAAAGACUUUAAAAAAAUCUCCCAAAUAAUGGAGAUGUGAUUGGUGGUGUCCUGUCUGACACUUCGAAACGAACGCUUUUUUAUGAGUGAUUGCUCUUUCUUUCUUUCUUUUGUCAUGUGGGUAUUUAACAGCCAUGGGAGCGGACUGCAUGGAGAGCCGAUAGAAAAAUAAAGCCGCGGAAGCCUAACCAACUAAGCACUUCCACUCAACGAGAGGGGAAAACCUCAGAUCUCCUCUCCCAAAACCCCUGCACAUCUCUUUCGCUUUCCGCGUAGAAGAUCAGCGGAAAUGGAGGCGCCGUUGCUCAACGGCUUCUCCAGCGGCGACCACCGCCUCCUUCACGGCGCUGACGGCGACUACCUCCCUGCCAGAGAGCUGCGAACAUGGUGGAAGAUUUUCUGUAUAGAAACGGUCAAGCUUUGGCUGAUUGGUGGGCCCAUUGCGUUCAACAUCAUUUGCCAGUUCGGGACCGGCUCUGCUACCAACAUCUUCGUCGGACAUCUCGGAGACAUCGAGCUCUCCUCUAUUUCCAUCGCCCAGUCCGUUAUUAGCACUUUCUCUUUCGGAUUUAUGCUUGGUAUGGGGAGUGCAUUGGAGACGCUAUGUGGGCAGGCGUUUGGUGCGGGUCAAAUUCACAUGCUUGGGAUAUACAUGCAACGCUCAAUAAUUAUCCUCUUUGUGACUUGUAUUGCUCUUCUGCCUUUCUACUUGUUUGCCACUCCACUGCUCUUAUUGCUUGGCCAAGAAAAUGAGAUUGCUGUCCUUGCUGGGGAUUACGCCAUUCUAAUCAUCCCUCAACUCUUCUCACUUUCUGUCACUUUUCCCACCCAAAAGUUUCUUCAGGCCCAAAGCAAGGUCCAAGUGCUUGCCUGGAUUGGUUUUGUGUGCCUGGUACUUAAUGUGUUUCUGCUUUGGGUCUUUAUCACUUUGCUGGGCUGGGGUACAACCGGAGCAGCUUUAGCAUUCAAUAUCUCGAAUUGGGGCAUUGCGAUAGCCCAGUUGGUGUAUGUUGUUGUGUGGUGUAAGGAGGAUGGGUGGAGUGGAUUGUCUUGGGCUGCUUUGAAUGAUAUAUGGGCCUUUGUUAGGCUCUCAUUUGCUUCGGCUGUUAUGCUCUGCCUUGAGAUAUGGUAUAUGAUGAGCAUUAUCAUACUUACUGGCCAUCUUGACAAUGCUGUCGUUGCUGUUGGCUCCCUUUCUAUAUGCAUGAAUGUUAAUGGCUGGGAAGCCAUGCUGUUCAUCGGAGUCAAUGCUGCAAUUAGUGUUCGAGUCUCAAACGAGCUUGGGCUGGGACAUCCAAGGGCUACCAAAUACUCCGUUUAUGUCACAGUUUUUCAGUCACUCUUAAUUGGGAUACUUUUCAUGGUGAUUGUGCUGGCAACUCGAAACCAUUUAGCCAUUAUAUUCACAGAUAGCAAAGAUUUGAGACAAGCUGUCGCCAGGCUUGCUCCUCUACUAGGAAUAACCAUGCUUCUCAACAGUGUCCAGCCUGUGAUUUCCGGUGUCGCAGUCGGAGGAGGAUGGCAAGCUCUGGUUGCUUAUAUAAACUUGGGAUGCUAUUACAUAUUUGGCCUUCCAUUCGGAUUCAUUCUGGGUUAUGUGGCUAACUUUGGAGUUAUUGGACUUUGGGGAGGAAUGAUAGCAGGAACCGGUUUGCAGACUCUACUCCUCUUGCUUGUUCUUUACAAAACCAAUUGGACUAGUGAGGUUGAGCAGACGACAGAACGCAUGAAGAAGUGGGGUGGACAAGACUUUGACAUUAGUAGCUUACCUGAUAAUGUCUCAUCCAGCAAAUCCCAGCCUUAAGUUUCAGUAAUGGCGCGUGAUGGCAUGUUUAUCUAGCUACCUGCGAUAUGAAAGGUGUAGCAAGUGUUGUUCCUACGUCAGAACUCAGACGUGGGAGGCAAUUCUUGUAUUUCAAUAAUGCAUGCACAAGAACUCAUGGGAUAUGUAUUAGAAUGAAAUUGUAAUUCAUUAGCGAGAUGAGAAUUUUGUAGUUGGAAUGCUCGUUCUAGUUUGAAGUUGAAUUUAUUUAAAGAUUGGAAUUCCUUAUGGCAGGAUUUUGACCUAAACGCUAUGCGAC